CCGCCGCCGGGCAGCUGCCGCCGCACUCGCGCGCUGUGCCGCUGCCGCGGCUGGGAACGGCUCCUCCUUCCUCCUCCCCUUCUUCACAGGGCGCUCGGCUGAGGCGGGGUAGUUGCUGCAUGAGCGUUUGUUUCCCUGGGGAGCAAGAGAAGCGCAAACGCCGCGGAAAAUGCCGAAGCCGAUCAAUGUUCGAGUUGUUACUAUGGAUGCGGAGCUGGAGUUUGCCAUCCAGCCAAACACCACAGGCAAACAGCUGUUUGACCAGGUGGUUAAAACAAUAGGCUUGCGAGAAGUAUGGUACUUUGGACUUCAGUAUGUGGACAACAAAGGAUUCCAGACUUGGCUGAAGUUAGAUAAAAAGGUUUCUGCUCAGGAAAUCAGAAAGGAGAACCCCCUCCAGUUCAGAUUCCGUGCCAAGUUCUUCCCAGAGGAUGUGUCCGAAGAGCUGAUCCAGGACAUCACGCAGAAGCUCUUCUUUCUGCAGGUGAAGGAAGGGAUCCUCAGCGAUGAGAUCUACUGUCCCCCUGAAACAGCAGUUCUCCUUGGCUCCUAUGCUGUGCAGGCCAAAUUUGGAGACUACAGCAAAGAUGUGCACAAGCCUGGAUAUCUUAGUUCAGAGCGUCUGAUCCCCCAAAGGGUGAUGGACCAGCACAAACUCUCCAGAGAGCAGUGGGAAGAACGAAUUCAAGUUUGGCAUGCUGAACACAGUGGCAUGCUCAAAGAGAAUGCCAUGCUGGAAUAUCUGAAGAUUGCCCAAGACCUGGAAAUGUAUGGAAUCAACUACUUUGAAAUCAAGAAUAAAAAAGGAACUGACCUCUGGCUGGGGGUUGAUGCCCUGGGGCUCAACAUCUAUGAAAAGGAUGAUAAGUUGACACCAAAGAUUGGUUUCCCCUGGAGUGAAAUCAGAAACAUCUCUUUCAAUGACAAGAAGUUUGUUAUAAAACCUAUUGACAAGAAGGCACCUGAUUUUGUGUUUUAUGCCCCUCGCCUGAGAAUAAACAAGAGGAUCCUGCAGCUCUGCAUGGGCAACCAUGAGCUGUAUAUGCGGCGCAGGAAGCCUGACACCAUUGAGGUGCAACAGAUGAAAGCGCAGGCCAGGGAGGAGAAGCACCAGAAACAAAUGGAAAGGCAACAGCUAGAAAAUGAAAAGAAGAAGAGAGAGACAAUUGAGAAGGAGAAAGAGCAAAUGCUGAGGGAGAAGGAGGAGCUGCUGUUGAGGCUACAAGAGUAUGAAGUGAAGACUCAGAAAGCAGAGAAAGAGCUCUCAGAUCAGAUCCAAAGAGCUGUUCAGCUGGAGGAGGAGAGGAAACGAGCCCAGAUGGAAGCAGAACGUUUGGAAGCUGAUCGUUUGGCUGCUCUCCAAGCCAAGGAAGAGCUGGAGAGACAAGCUAUUGACCAGAUAAAGAGCCAGGAACAGCUGGCUACAGAACUCGCAGAGUAUACAGCUAAGAUUGCACUCCUUGAAGAGGCAAGGAAGCGUAAAGAGAGUGAGGUUGAAGAGUGGCAACUCAGAGCUAAGGAAGCCCAAGAUGACCUGGUAAAGACAAAGGAGGAGCUACACUUGGUAAUGACUGCUCCACCUCCACCACCCCUGCCCGUCUAUGAGCCUGUGAACUUCCACGUCCAUGAUAACUUGCAAGAUGAAGGCUCUGAGUACUCCACCUACAGUGCAGAGUUCUCCAGUGAUGGGAUCAGGGAUGACCGCAACGAGGAGAAACGUAUUACUGAAGCAGAGAAGAACGAACGUGUACAAAGGCAAUUGAGGGAGCUGACAGAUGAGCUGGCCCAGGCUAGAGAUGAAAACAAGAGGACCCACAAUGAUAUUAUCCACUCAGAGAACAUGCGACAGGGACGUGACAAGUACAAGACACUGCGGCAGAUCCGUCAAGGCAACACCAAGCAGAGAAUUGAUGAGUUUGAGGCGAUGUAAUGAUUCUCACGGCAAGGCAGGACUGUGGGAAAGGCAGAUCUUAAUGUUGUGUUCUUGUUUUGGGGGGGUGGUUGUCUUUGUUUGUUCCUGUCUUUUUUGUUUUGUUUUUCUUGAGGAGGGGUCACUGUAUGACCUAUGUAUCAAAUGUUCUCUAAAUCAAAAGGUGUUUGAAUCUCCCCUUUAUCCCCUAACAUCUACUAAAUUUGGUACGGUUAAAAAGUUGUCAUUCCACUGAUCCUGGUAACCCUUGCUUAGUGCCAAAAGGCCUUAUGUUACAUCACUCUUUAAGCAAGGCAAAGUCUAAUAGGCCGUGCUUCUAGCUGAAGAUUCAUGUCCUGUGGCAGGUGCUGGAUUCAGCUUGGUCUAAAAAUAAGCAAUUGUGGGUGAAUUUUGUGCCAUAUGUCUUUGUAUUUUUUUUUUUUUUUUUUUAGUUACAGCAUAAAGUCUAACUGUUGAGAUGACAGAAUGUAGAACUUGGGAUCUGCAAGCACGUGUGUGUGUGUGUGUACACUGUUUUUUUGGGUUUUUUUCACCCCCUCCUUCCCCCUGCCCCCCCCUCCCCCCCCCCAAAAAAAAAGAGAACUGACAACACCUGAGAACUAGUUCACUUAGAAAUGAGGCUAUUUGGUUGCUCCUCUCAGCUGGAGAGAUUCUGCAGUGAUGGCUCAGAAACAUGGCAUAGGAAUACUCUUUGAUAUCCUCCUUGCACAACAGCUAGGCAAAUACUUCGUUGGAAUCUAAUACACUACAGUGUUUACAUUCCAGCUUCAUUACUGAUCAGUUGUAGUGUAGUAUUUAUAUAUAUAUAUAUAUAUAUAUAUCUAUAAACAGGUGAUACAUGGAUCGUAAUACUAGUUUAAAAGGGAAAAAAGUUUUGCUCUGUAUAUUUUGUUACUUUUCAGAUUUUUACAGAUGCAAGUCUUACUAAAUGCUUACUAAACGCCACCGUAUCUGAUGUACUGCAAAAGCAGUGUAACUGAUUACUUGCUAUAAAGCAUUAUUUGUAAAGAUCAUUUUUGUACUUAAUGAAAUUGUGAGAUAUACACAUGAUCCAAUACAUACAAUUUUACUGCAUCUAUUUUUCUAACAAAUUUUCUAAUUUUUUAAAUGUUUGAUUUAAAGUUUCAGACUCCAAACAUGAAGGGACUGUUUGUUUAUAUCACAGUUGUAUUCUCUCUAUUAGAGAGCAUUUCUGUGAUCACUUCUUCCUCAGUAAUAUCCCCCUUUCUUUGAAAAUCUGUUAGAAAGUGAGAUACAGUAUGUUGUCAGCUCUUUCAGGUACAACAUCUAUGCUGCUUUGUACUUGAGUUGAAUCUUAUUGUGUUUUUUUUUUAUUAUUAUUAUUUGCAGCAGCAAACAUCUAAAUAAAAGAUCUGCAAGGUAACAAA